AUGUCACCUUUACAUUAUGCAUGUAAAGCAAACAACUUUGAUAUUGUAGGAAUAUUACUUAGACAUAAAGCAAACAUUAAGUUGACUGAUAACGCAGGCAGAACCCCACUUCAUGUUAUUUGUGAAAGAUGUAAAAUUUUGUGGUCCCUACGACCAUCGGAUUAUCCUGAUAUUCAUGUUAGUAGAAGCAAUACUGAAAGCAAGUCAAUUGUCAAAUCAUUGAUUGAUUUCGAUGCAGACGUGAAUGCACGUGACAAAUUCGGGGAGUCUCCAUUACAUAAAACCUGCAAGUAUGAAGAUUAUGAACUUGUAAAAAUGCUUCUUUCCCUAAAACAAUCAGACAUCAAUUUACAAAAUAUAUGGGGUCAGACUCCAUUGCAUUUAGCGUGUGAUUGCGGAUAUGAAAACAUAGUUCAGUUAUUAUUGACAGAAAAGCUGAUUGUUUUAAAAACAGAUGGCCAAGGAAAAUCUCCUCUCGAUGUUUCUUUGGAAAUUUUGAAACGAAUUAAAGAUAAUCUAGCCUAUUACAUAUGGUUGGAUAAUUGUGAUACGUGUGAUAUUGCUUUAUAUGACGAAAGUUUGGAAUCUUCUUCUUUCAAUUACUAUUUAAACAUUGUUAAUCUUUUGACUGAGGACAAUGCAGAUAUAUCUAAGUCAUGA